AAAAUAUGAAGAACUUGUCCAAAAAGGUUUACCAAGGUUUCAAAUCCACAGAUAUUUUCACACAAAAGUUCACUAUGAACUUCAAAGGUCAGAAAACCUACUCCACCUUGAUUGGGGCUAUCUUCUCAGUGAUUAUCUUUGGAAUCUGAGGGUUUUAUGGGCUAAAGUUGAUAACUGUUAUGGUUAAUAGGACAAUGAUACAGACAAAUAUAAAUAAGAUCAAAACUAACUUUGAGAAAGACCCAAUCGAUAUGAUGCUUAAUGAUGAGGGAAUUUAUGUAGCUGUUUCUUGGAUCGGGAGAGAAGGAAAUGAAUCUAUUGAUAUUAUUAAAAAUAACCUAGGAAUGAUCAAUGUUACAUUAUUGGAAAGAAUACCUGAAGGAGAAGAAUCUAAUGGGGAAUCAGCUUCUUCUUUUACACUUGAAGAGUGCAUUCAGGAAAAUUUUCCAUUAGAUCCAAAUGAUCCUAGUAUUGAAAAUAGGCACGGCCAUACUUUUUAUUGAUUUAAAAGAAAUGAUUUAAUGAAGAUGAUUAAAAGAGAUAUUAAGAAGGGGAGAAGUUAUAAUUUCUUGUUUACGAUUGUUGCUUGUCCAUUCGAUAUAUGAAGUUCUUAUGGGUCAAGGCUUGAUUAUUAUAAUUAUUUGUAUUUCACUAUCAUUAGUAAAUACUUUGAUGAUUCUGAUCCUCUCGAUCCAAUAAAAACUUAUGUGCAUGAUACUGCUGCAAUUUCUCUUUCUAAAGGAUUUGUAACGGAGUUAACUUGACUAUUAGAUAGGAACAGAUAUAUUGUCAAUGAUUGGCACUCAAUUAUCACCGGAAGCAAAGAAGGUGAAUUUUUUAAUAUUGGUGAAUGAACAUCGUUCUCUCAAAAAACUCACGAUGGUAGUACUUAUGGUGUAGUUUUAUUCGAUACAAAUGAUUUUAUUCAAACCUACGAGUCAAGUGUUAUUAGCAUCCUUGAAGUUCUAGGUCGAAUUGGCGGUAUUUUUGAGAUCUUAUCUCUGAUCUGUUCCUUCUUUAUCAAAAUAAUCACUAAAUGCUUAUACAACAGAGAUAUUAAAAAUAUUCAGAAAGAAGUCAACGACCAUAAAGGUUGGUUUACGUUCCCCGUGAAAAUCAAAGCUCGAGAAAGGAGGCUCAGAGGACUGAGCUUUGCAUCUCUUAGAGUUCAGAGAAAUAAAAUUAACCCUGAAGGUAGUGUUGAUCCAAUUAAUGACAGAAGCCAACUAUAUAAAGAUAAACAGAGCAAAUUUGAUGCUCGAAUAAAGAGAAUUAAAGAAAUUUGUCGAAACAGCAAGAUCUUAACUGAAAUGGAGGAGGAGCUUGAUACUGUAAAAAUAUCUAGAUCAUUAAUGGAACUGAAGCUCUAUGUGUCCUGCCUAUUGGACAAAGAUAAAAUUACAGCCAAGGAUAAGCCUGAUAAGGAGUUUGAGAAAGAAGAUGUUCAUCUUGAGGAAGAAGAGAAGCAAUUGCCUUCAGAAAUUGCUUACCCAAAAAAUUUCUCACUACCUAUGAACAAAUUAAGGAAAACUCUAAGAAAAAAUGUUAAAAUCAAAGAGACCCCUGCUGAGCAAGACUGCAGCAGUGAAAAAGAUUACGAAGAUAAUGUAGUGAAGAAGAAGACUGGGAAUAAAUACUCUUUAAUGUAUUAGUCAAUGCUACAA